AUGCCGCGCGUACUGAAUGAACGUGAGAUUGCAGACUUUCUUUUAGAAGACAUACCAUCAGAUGGUGAGAGUGUAUGUAGCGUGGAGCCAGAUGAAGAUGACAACAAUGAUGGAUCGCAAAGUAUGAUGGUGCUCGGUGACAUACCCCCCGAGUUACAGCCAGAGUUAGAUGAUGGAUUUACCUCGGAUGAUGACGUUCCUUUGUCAAAUUUAGACUUGCCUUCAACUUCAGCCAGUCAUAAUCAAACUGAAGUGGUGAAACCUAAGUGGAAGAGACACUACAAAAUGGAAGAGCCAAGUGAGUAUAUAGGAGGUGGAGGUGUACCGACAAAUAUAAUUGAUUUGGAGAAUGUCACACCAACACAACUAUUUCGCAUGUUUUGGUCAGAGGAUCUAGUUGAAAUAAUCUGCUUCCAAACGAAUUUAUACGCCACGCAAAAAGAAACGCCAUAUACGCCUACUACGCCUGAAGAAGUAGAAGUAUUUCUUGCUCUAAAUUUGGUGAUGGGUAUAAAAAAAAUGCCCAGCUAUAAAAACUACUGGUCUUCUGCCCCAGACCUGCAUGAUCCUUACAUAUCGUCUUUUAUGCCACUCAAUCGCUUUGGCUGGCUUCUGAAUAACUUGCAUUUGAAUGAUAGCAACAUGAUGCCCAAUAAAACCGCAGCUAAUUAUGACAAGCUUUACAAAGUUAGACCUCUCUUGGAUAUAUUGCAAAGAAAUUUUGACAAAAACUAUUAUGCUUCAGAAAAAGUUGCUAUAGAUGAAAGCAUGAUAAAAUUCAAGGGCCGCAAUUAUUUGAAACAGUAUAUGCCAAAAAAGCCAAUAAAACGCGGAUAUAAAGUCUGGAUGAAAUGUGCAGAGUCCGGAUACUGUUUAGAUUUCGACAUAUAUACUGGAAAAGAAGGUGACAAGGUACAGGUUGAUCUCGGUGGAAAGGUGCUAUUCUCUACAAGUCGAUCUGCGAAAAGACAAUGUAUUAGCAUGUGGCACUGUCAAUUCUAA